CCGUCUCCAAGGUUAGCAACUGGAAGACUUCCUACGCCCAUCGCGACUGCUCGUAUAAAAACGGAUGGCGAAUCCAAUUUCAAUCGUCAGUUACCGACGAGUUCUCUCAGUAAAGUCUUCUCAACUCGAAAAAAACAUGAACCCAUUGAUCUUGGUCACCCUUUUGGUUGCGGCCGCUUCGGCAGCACCUACCAAUUUGGUCAAUCCCGCCGUGCCAUGCGCUCACGGAGUUGCCGCUGUGGCUUACGCCGCUGCCCCGGUUCCGGCUGCCCUGACAUACGUCGUCCCUGAGCCCGUACAGGUUGCUGUUCAACCCCAAAUCACCUACGACUUCCCAGCACCAGUGUCAGCUCCUGCUCCUGCCCCAGUUGCCGUAGCUGCACCUGCACCCGUUAAAGUUGAGUAUGACUUCCCUGCUCCCGUCUCGGCUCCCGCACCCGCGCCAGUUGCCGUUGCUGCCCCAGCUCCUCUCGUUUAUGCUGCACCUGCACCAGUUCCCGUAGCUGCCCCAGCUCCCGUCAAGAUCGAAUAUGACUUCCCUGCUCCCAUUUCUGCUCCUGCACCUGCCCCAGUUGCUGUUGCUGCUCCAGUUGUCUACGCUGCACCUGCUCCAACCAAGGUGGAAUAUGACUUCCCUGCUCCCAUUUCGGCGCCUGCCCCUGCACCAGUUGCUAUUGCAGUUCCUGCUCCCGUUGAGGUUGUUAAGAACACCAUCGAGUACGACUUCCCUGCUCCCAUCUCCGCACCAGCUCCCACUCCCUACGUAGCUGUUGCUCCAGUUGCUGUAGCUGCCCCUGCUCCUGUUAAAAUCGAAUACGAUUUCCCUGCUCCCAUCUCAGCUCCGGCUCCGGCCCCAGUUGCCGUUGCUGCUCCAGCUGUCUACGCUGCACCUGCCCCAGUCAAGGUUGAGUAUGACUUCCCAGCUCCCAUUUCUGCUCCAGUCCCAGCUCCCGUCGCUGUUGCUGCCCCAGCCCCAGUCACUUACGCCGUUCCAGCACCAGUCCAGGUUGCAGCUCCAGCUCCAGUUCAGGUCGCUGUUGCACCAGUUCAUGUUGUCCCUCACGCCUUCGAGACCCGAGUUCACUACGCCGAGACCCCCGUCGUCGUCGGACAACACACUCAGAUCAUGAAGCCCAACUUGGGUGCUGGUGCCCACGUUACCAACUAUGACUUUAUGGGACUCGCUCAGACCAAAGGAGCCGCCCAGGAAUCCUACGUCCAGAAAUCGAAAGUCUUGGCCCCGGCUCGCAGCGUCUCCGAGAUUACUCCACAGGUGACCGUCCAGCACCCGACCAAAGUCAACGUGGAAAAAGUGGCCGUCGAUGUGCCCGUAGCCGCUCCCUACGCUCAGCCCGUCCCUGUUCCAGUGGCUCCUCAAUACGAAAUCCACCAAUACCAUCACGCCGUUGCCACUCCCGCUGUCCAUAUGGUCAACGGUGUUCCAUGCGCGGAACACAAGAAAACCUAUUAAAUGAAAUCGACUAGGUUGCCAUCUCGCAUCUCCACGGAAGCUCAUAAAAUUUAUGAAUGAUUUGAUACGAUCAAAUUUUGCUAUGUUAAUACCGAAAUACACGUUGUGAUAGUUA